CUCAAACUACUAGUAAUAAAGAAAAUGAUCCUUUGUUAAGUAUUGAACUUGAAGAAAGAAAAUUAGCUUUGCUAGAACAUCAAAUAAAGGCAAAUAAAGAAGCAGCUGAAGCUGAAGCAAUUGAAUUGCAGAAUCGACAAUUAAAAAUAAGCUUGGGAUUAGAUAUAUAA